CUGACACUCGUCAUUGCCGCGAUACAUCCGGGGCCUUUCCUUUCCAUCCCAGACUCGCUUCUGCCAACAUGGGAAAGUGCCGUGGUCUGCGUACUGCCAGAAAACUCCGUAACCACCGCCGUGAGCAGAAAUGGCAUGAUAAACAGUACAAGAAGGCCCAUCUGGGUACCGCCCUGAAGGCCAACCCUUUCGGAGGAGCUUCUCACGCCAAAGGCAUUGUCCUUGAGAAAGUUGGUGUGGAGGCCAAACAGCCCAACUCUGCCAUCAGGAAAUGUGUGAGAGUGCAGCUCAUCAAGAACGGGAAGAAGAUCACCGCUUUCGUCCCCAACGACGGCUGCCUCAACUUCAUCGAGGAAAACGAUGAAGUCUUGGUGGCAGGAUUCGGACGUAAAGGCCACGCUGUGGGUGACAUUCCCGGAGUUCGUUUCAAGGUGGUCAAAGUGGCCAAUGUGUCCCUGCUGGCUCUCUACAAAGGCAAGAAGGAGAGGCCCAGGUCAUAAAUGUUGACAUCUGCAGUUAAAAUAAAGGAAUUUUCCAUGAA